AUGUCGACCGCAUCUUCAACCCUCCCACCCGACCUAUUUGACCAAACGACUCUUGUGUCUCUCGGAGCCACGGUCGUCCUGCUCUCCAUCGCCAUUGCCGUCUCCCGCCGCGUGCUCCACCCGACGACCUCGACGAGCUAUCGUAUCCUCUUCAUCUGGCACGCUUUCGAUGCCCUGAUUCACUUCUUCCUCGAGGGAAGCUUCCUCUACCACUGCUUCUUUUCCUACAUCCCACUCGCCGAGGUGUCCGAUGCCGACCUCGGUGGGUUCCACCCAACGCCCGCCAACUUCCUGGGUCACUCGGACCGCAUCUACGGCGCCCAGGCGGGUGGAGACAAUCCAUUUGCACAGCUCUGGAUGGUGUAUGCAAGAGCUGACAAGAGAUGGGCCGGUGCGGACUUGGGCGUGAUCUCUUUGGAGCUUUUGACCGUGUUUGGCGCCGGACCUCUGGCGGUUUGGAUCUGCUACUGCAUCGCCAAGCGUGACCCCAAGGCCAACAUCUGGAUGAUCAUUAUCGCGACGGCGGAGCUCUACGGAGGCUUCAUGACAUUCUGCCCCGAAUGGUUGACUGGUAACAUCUAUCUGGACACCAGCAACUUCAUGUACCUGUGGGUGUACCUGGUCUUCUUCAACAUGCUGUGGGUGUUUAUCCCCUUGUACGCCAUUUACGUCGCCUAUGGAGAGAUUUCGGCCGCUUUCAAGGCACAAGGCGCGAAGAAGAACCUUUGA